AUGUUCUCAAAAAAGAAAAAGAAACCUCAGAUUUCUUCGCCAACCAAUUUUGAGCACCGAGUCCAUACUGGUUUUGAUAAACGCGAAGGACGUUACACAGGUUUACCAUUACAAUGGGCCUCAAUUGUUGGAAAUAAUCAGAUUUUAAAGAGCACUAAUCGCCCACUUCCUUUAGUUGAUCCAUCUGAAAUAACCCCAACUGAAAUUCUUGAUUUAAAAACUAUAGUUCGGGGAGAUCACAAAUCUGAAAAUCGUCUAUCUUUAAAUCAACAACAAACGAAACAACUAAACUCCAACGGAAUCGUUCUUCCUAAAACAUCAAAUGUUGCUCGAUCAAACUCAUUACGAUCUUCCAGUCCUCCAAGAUUACGCAGAGAUAACAGACACACCAAUGUACCUCCUUCAGUUCCCGAAGAACAAAUUCUGCAAUACCCAUCGAUGCGUAGAGAUCCCAGCAUCAGUAAGCCUCAAGUUGUUAGAGAUGGAUCCCCUGCAGAACGUUCUAUAAGUAACCAUGAGAUACAAACUUCCCACAUCAACGGAAACGUCCAAGACAACUUUGGUUUUCCCCCAAAUAAAGAUCCAAACCAAAUUUCACCAGCUGGAUCGAUGAGUUCUGUUCCCCCCAUGGGAUUAUCACAUUUAGGGAAUCAUUCUCAUGCAACCGGUUCACAUCAAAGUUUGCAACACGCCGGAUAUCCACCAAGACCGGAUCAAAAUCAAAAUGUGAAGAAUGGUGGUGGGAACGGGGGGAAUGUUGCUACUUCUUCAGCUGCUAGUGCUAAUAAACAUCAUGAACAACGCCUUACUCAUGAACAAUUUCGAGCUGCUUUACAAAUGGUUGUAUCACCACGAGAUCCUCGAGAAAAUCUCGAACAAUUCGUAAAAAUCGGCGAAGGAUCAACAGGAACGGUAUGCAUAGCUCGAGAAUGUAAUACGGGUCGACAAGUUGCUGUUAAAAAAAUGGAUUUACGCAAACAACAAAGAAGAGAACUCCUUUUUAACGAAGUGGUUAUAAUGCGGGAUUAUCAUCACCCAAACAUUGUUGAAAUGUUUGAUAGUUACUUGGUUAAUGAUGAAUUAUGGGUGGUUAUGGAAUUUUUAGAAGGAGGCGCUUUAACGGAUAUUGUAACACAUUCGAGGAUGGACGAAGAACAAAUAGCAACUGUUUGCAAACAAUGUUUAAAAGCAUUAGCUUAUUUACAUUCACAAGGGGUGAUUCAUCGAGAUAUUAAGUCAGAUUCGAUUUUAUUAGCGCCUGAUGGAAGAGUUAAGCUUUCAGAUUUUGGUUUUUGCGCCCAAGUUUCUCAAGAACUUCCAAAACGAAAAUCUUUAGUUGGGACACCGUAUUGGAUGAGUCCAGAAGUGAUUAGUCGACUUCCUUAUGGUCCUGAGGUGGAUAUUUGGUCGUUGGGUAUUAUGGUGAUUGAAAUGGUUGAUGGAGAACCUCCCUUUUUCAAUGAACCACCUUUGCAAGCUAUGAGGAGAAUCCGAGAGAUGCCCCCGCCGAAAUUAAAGAAUGCUCAUAAAGUUUCACCGCGUUUACAAGGAUUUUUGGAUCGAAUGUUAGUGAGGGAUCCCGCUCAACGAGCGACAGCCGCCGAAUUAUUACAACAUCCAUUUUUGAGAUUAGCCGGGCCACCAGCUUUGUUAGUGCCUUUAAUGCGUGGUGCGAAACAUUCAACUUAUUAAUUAAAUAAUUAAUUAAUUUGUUUUUUUUUUUUUUUAAUUUU